AUUCUAAAAUAGACUAUUAAUCAAGUUCUUUAAUUUCCAAGUCCCAUAUAUUUGAUUCUUGAAUACAUUGCCAAAUGCAGAAAUACAACACGUCGUACUUGAUACUCCGAGAUGCUUUCCUAGUAGACAUUAUUACAAAGAACAACGGGACGCGAGUGUUGAUGCUAGAUUCUCUCAGUGCAGCUGCUCAAUGGAAAGAAAUGGAUGUCCUCAUCUUUGAUUCUUGGCAUUGGUGGCUUCAUACUGGCAGAAAACAAGCUUGGGAUCUUGUUCAAGAUGGCAACUCUACAUACAAAGACGCACCCCGGUUAACCUUAUACGAGAAAGCACUGAAUACCUGGGCAAAAUGGGUGGACUCUGAAGUAGAUACAACAACAACUAAAAUAUUUUUCCAAGGAGUUUCUCCUGACCAUGACAAUUGUGCCGGAGUAACACAACCAUUGAAGAGUACACAAGGACCUCAUCCAGGAGAAUUGGUACUGGAGAAGGUUUUGAGAGGGAUUAAAAAACCAGUUCAUUUAUUGAACGUAACAACAUUGUCACAGUACAGAGCAGACGGACAUCCUUCAGUUUAUGGGUUUGGUGGACACAGGAACAUAGACUGCACCCAUUGGUGUGUGGCUGGUGUUGCUGAUACUUGGAAUCUGCUCUUAAGUGCAGUUCUUAAUCAAUUAUAGAUCGCCAUUAUUUAAAGAGAGAAGUGGGAGGAAUACCAUUCCUUUGUUUUUCUUUCUUUUCUUAUCUUUUUUGGGGAUAAAACAUAGAGUGCUCAAAACAACAAUAUGUACUACAAAGGUUAUGCUCCAAUUUCUUUUGAAAACUAGUAUUUCUUUUG